CAAUAUGUGCUGUGAACUUCUCGAGUUGUCCAUCACUAACACAUUUGGAUUGUCAUCAUUCAAUAUUCAGCAUUCAACUACUUGGCCUGACCGACAAUUUUUAAAUAGAAAAUGUUUCGCAAUCAGUACGACAGCGAUGUCACAGUGUGGAGCCCCCAAGGGCGCCUCCAUCAAGUAGAGUACGCAAUGGCGGCUGUAAAACUCGGCACCGCAACUGUUGGCCUCAAAAAUCGUGACUACGCCGUUCUUGUUGCACUCUGCAAGCCGGCUUCAGAGCUCUCCGCUUCGCAGCGUAAAAUCAUUCCCAUUGAUGAUCAUCUGGGCAUCUCUAUAGCUGGCAUUACGGCCGAUGCACGAGUUCUCAGCAAGUAUUUGCGCUCGGAGUGCUUAAGUUAUAAGCAUUCGUAUGGCUCGACAUAUCCAGUGUCGCGCUUGAUAACUAAUUUGGGCAACAAAAUGCAGACAACAACGCAACGUUAUGAUCGUCGUCCCUACGGAGUGGGUUUGCUCAUCGCUGGUUACGAUGAGAAGGGUCCUCAUAUCUAUAAGGUGGAACCAUCCGCAAAUUUCUUCAAUUGCAAGGCAAUGACCAUUGGUUCGAGAUCUCAAAGCGCUCGCACCUAUUUGGAACGUCAUUUGUCCACAUUUAAUGCCAGCUCUAAGGAUGACAUUAUUUGCCAUGGCAUUCACGCUAUUCGCAGCUCAUUGCCCAACGAUGAACUCGUCUCCAAAGACGAUGGCGGAUCUCAAUUGAACAUUACUGUGGCAAUUGUUGGCAAGGAUCAGCCGUUCAAAAUCUUAUCCGAUGAAGAAAAUCUGCACUAUUUGGAAAUGGCCAAAAAGCGCGGCGGCUCAAUAAUCGUCUCAAAGGACGACGACGACGAUGACAAGCCAUCGCCAGGAGAUAGCGAGGAACCAGCUCCUUCGACUGCUCGUGAUCCACAAGUUGCUGUGGCCACCAUGGAAAAUCCUUAAUUGUAACACAUACUAUCCGAUGUUUAAUAUUUAAUAGUCAUCUAAUAAAGGUGUAUGAAAUAUUAUUCUUACUUUUAUAAUUAAAAUGAAAACACGACAUAUAUAAUAUUGUGGGUAA